ACAGGCAGGAUGAAGCAUUAUUCGCGGAAGACCUCGUCAGGAGCCACGGGCGCCCGCAGCCCUCCCUCUAGCCCUCACCCAGCCUUCCCACUACCCCUCCACUUGUUUCUUCAUUCAUUCAACAAAAAUUUGCUGGGAUCUGGUUAUUCUGAGAUUAAUUCAGCUGCGACACAAGCUGACGGCAAGCCACCUCCCUGGUGGGCGACACUCGGUGCCCAGAAAGGAGUCGGAGCCCCCAGCUGCCGUCAGGUGGCUCCCACGCACGGAGCUGGGGCCGCCAUGCUGGCGGUGACGGGGGCGUGCAUGGUGCUGGCGGCGGGCUCCGGCAUCGUGGGUUUGGUGAUGGGGCUGCGCAUUCUGUGCCAAGAGGGCGACUCGCGGGGCCAGACGACGAGCGGCAUCUUCUUCCUCUACGGUCCCGCCUCUUUCUCCGGCAUCCGUUCUCCAUUGGUCCGAAUCCUCUUGCCACACACCCUCACCUCUCCUCCGGGCCCCGAUUGGUCCUUUGUCAGGGCGGAGGCGGGCACCGCAGCCGUUGACUGGGUGGCCGCGCGGGGCGCAGGCGCAGAAGGGGGGUGGGCGGGACGUCUGGAUCCAGAAGCGGAGUGAGACAACUGACCCCGCAGGUGGCAGCGGCAGGA